GAGAGGAAAAAAAAAAAAGAAAACUUUCUACGGGUAGGUGAGAGGGUUCUCUUCUCUCUAUCUGUCUCCCUUUCCAUUGCAAAACGAACACAUGUCUAUAUACAUCAACCCUAGUUAAUCCGCCAUUUCCAAUCUCUCCCCGAGCUUCUUCUUCUUCUUCUUCUUCUUCUUCUUCUCCGGAUUCGAGCACCCAAUUUCAUCAUCGCCUUUCACUAGCGCCAUGGCUUGUGCGACCCCCACUAGGGCCCCUAACUCUCUCCAGCUCCGUCUCGCUCUUAGCUCCGGCACUCGUCAGCGAUCCCACGCCGUCUAUCUACGCCCUUCGCGGUUCAGGAGGAAGUCGGAUUUCGGGAUUUUGAAGGUCGCGUGUGUUUCGCAGAAGCGAGAAGCUGAGACCUGGAAUGGAUCCGAUUCGCCACCGGGUGAUUUGGCUGGAUGGUCCGACUCCGGUGAUGGCGGCAAGUCUUCUCCUGAACCGCUGAAGAAGAGUUGGAUUCAAGGUGUAGUGGGGGCUGGAGUGGCUGGAGUUGUUUUGGUUGCUGGGCUAAGCUAUGCAGCAACGUCUCUCAGCAAUCGUAACACUUCCAGACCAAAACAGGAAAUGCAGCCCUUGACUACCCAGCAGGAAACCACACUUCUGUCUGCUGAUGAAAAUGUUAACGAUGAUGAUUGUGAGGAGAAUGAUGUAAAGUACGAGGAUAGGGAGACAGAAAACAAGACGGAUGUAGAUCAGCCUUUUUCUCCUACUGAAGGUGAUGAGGCUACUGGUGAAACUAAAACAACACUUGGUGCCGAGUUUUCGUCAUUUGAUGGUGUCGAUAACACAACUGAUGGCACAGAUGUCACUGGCAGCAUCUCCUCGCAAGAUAAGCUCGAAACAGAUAUGAUCCACUUGGAAUCUGAUCCACAGACAUUUGCAAGUGAGUUAGAAUUCUCUGAAACUGUGGCUGCUUUAGAGUCAUCAUCUGAAGCAAAUAUUACAAGUUCAGAAAGUAGCAAUCCUGUUGAUUCAGAGAAACUGACUUCUGAUAAUCCUGACGGCCUUCUAAACACCGAACCAACCAAAAUGUCUGGCCCAGAAGAGCUUGACACUAAGCAAGAGGAGCCUACUCUAUCGUUUUCGUCUGAUGUAACUGCUUAUGUGACUACUCAGACUGAAACCAUUAGCAUUUCAGUUGAUUCACAGUCAGGAUCAACUUCAGAUCCUCAGGUUGUGCCUCUGAGUAAUAUGGAGACUGCUUUCUCAACUAUUACUGAAGAGUUUCCCGAGGUAAACAGAACUCCAGAAGACAUGGUUGAGAGAAGUACAUCAUCCAUGGAAGCAGCAUAUGUGUCCAGUGAUCAACUAAACACAAGUAGUCCAUUUGAGAAUAACGAGAGCAGACCACCUUCUGAAAUUCCAUCUCGUGGAGUUGCAUAUUCUCCUGCUGGGAUUCCUGCCCCUUCUGUUGCUAUCCAAGUACAUCCUGGGAAGAUUCUUGUUCCUGCAUCUGUGGAUCAGGUCCAGUGUCAGGCACUAGCAGCUCUGCAGGUUCUGAGGGUUAUUGAAACUGAUGCUCAAGCCAGUGAUCUAUGUACACGCAGAGAAUAUGCUCGCUGGCUGGUGUCUGCCAGCAGUGCUUUAUCGAGAAACUCAGCAUCAAAAGUGUAUCCUGCUAUGUAUAUAGAGAAUGUUACUGAACUUGCUUUUGACGAUAUUAGCCCUGAAGACCCUGAUUUUUCAUCCAUCCAAGGCUUGGCAGAAGCAGGACUUAUCGCUAGCAAGCUUUCUGAUAAUGAUUUGCUUAAUGAUGUUAAAGGUCCAUUCAUAUUUUCCCCUGAAAGUCCUCUAUCACGUCAGGACCUUAUAAGCUGGAAGAUGGCAUUGGAGAAACGACAGCUUCCAGAGGCUGAUAAAAAGGUGCUGUAUAAACUCUCUGGUUUUAUCGAUAUCGAUAAGAUAAACCCAGAUGCGUGGCCAGCCCUUAUCGAAGAUUUAUCUUCUGGGGAACAAGGAAUUGCUGCCCUUGCUUUUGGAUGUACAAGAUUAUUUCAGCCAGAUAAACCCAUUACAAAAGCCCAAGCUGCCAUUGCUCUUGCAAAUGGCGAGGCCGCCGACACAGUCAACGAGGAGUUGGCACGCAUCGAGGCAGAAUCAAUGGCUGAAAAUGCCGUGUCUGCCCAUAACGCCCUUGUGGCAGAGGUCGAGAAGGAUGUCAAUGCCAGCUUCGAGAAAGAACUUUCCAUGGAACGAGAAAAAAUCGAGGCGGUGGAGAAAAUGGCAGAACAGGCCAGACUAGAGUUGGAGCAGCUGAGAGCACAGAGAGAGGAAGAGAACACACGCUUGUUGAAGGAACGAGCUGUGAUAGAUUCUGAAAUGGAGUUGAUCUCGAGGUUAAGACGUGAAUUAGAAGAACAGCUGCAGGACGUCAUGAGCAACAAGGCAGAGAUUUCUUUUGAAAAAGAGAGGCUUUCCAAACUCAGCAAAGAGGCCGAAGACGAGAACCAGCGGAUUUCGAGGUUGCAGUAUGAACUGGAAGUUGAACGCAAAGCCCUGUCAAUGGCCAGGUCAUGGGCUGAGGAUGAGGCAAAAAGAGCCAGAGAACAAGCUAAGGCCUUGGAGGAAGCCAGACAGCGAUGGGAAUCAAAAGGGGUUAGGGUAAUAGUCGAUGAAAACCUUCAAGAGAAGGGCAGGACAGAUGAAGAACAAGGCAUGUGGCUAAAAGUCGGGGAGCGAGUCUCGGUAGAAGAGACUGAGAACAGAGCCAAAACACUGGUGGAGAAGCUGAGAAAGAUGGCGGAGGAAACGGUAGGAAAGUCCCGGGAAGUGAUCGGGCUGCUGAUAGAGAAGAUACAAGCAUUGGUUACGGCUAUGAAGGAAUCAAUGGCGAGAGCUGGGGAGAGGGCCUCAGAAAUGAGAGAGGCGGCCAUUGUUAGGGCAAAGGAAGGGGCGGAAGAGCUUCAAAAGGGGACUGCUCAGAUGGGUACGGCUGUGAAGAGAAUGGCUGAGGAUUGCAGAGACGGAGUUGGGAAGAUAACUCAGAAGUUCAAAACAACUUGAAGAGCCCUCUCUCUUCUCUCUUUUGAAUAAAUACUUCAGCAAUAAGAUUUUCGUCGUCUUUGUAACAUUUUUGUAUCGUUUUAUACAGUGUUUCCGUUCGGAUUGUGCGGUUGAAUAAGAAAAUGCAUCCUCUACAAUGUUCACUUUUUA